GUGUCGGCAGGGAGGCUGAGCUCCGCGGGAGCAGACCGCCGGAGGAACGAUGCCUGUCGUGUGGCCGACCCUUCUGGACCUCAGCAGAGAUGAAUGCAAGCGAGUCCUUCGCAAGCUGGAAUUGGAGGCGUAUGCUGGCGUCAUCAGUGCCUUGCGUGCUCAGGGGGACCUCACGAAGGACAAGAAAGACCUCCUUGGGGAACUCUCCAAAGUGCUCAGCAUUUCAACAGAAAGGCAUCGAGCUGAAGUUCGGAGGGCGGUAAAUGAUGAGCGAUUGACAACCAUUGCACAUAAUAUGUCCGGGCCAAACAGCUCUUCCGAGUGGUCCAUCGAAGGGAGGCGGCUGGUCCCCCUGAUGCCACGGCUGGUCCCCCAGACAGCUUUUACUGUCACGGCAAAUGCUGUCGCCAACGCGGCUCUCCAGCAUAAUGCGGCUCUUCCAUCUCCCGCAGAGACGGGAAGCAAAGAAAGCGAGGUGGUGGUGUGCUAUUCCUACACAAGCACGACUUCCACCCCGACGUCCACCCCGGUACCAAGCGGCAGCAUAGCGACGGUCAAGUCCCCGCGGCCCGCCAGCCCAGCUUCCAACGUGGUCGUCUUGCCGAGCGGAAGUGCGGUUUACGUCAAAAGUGUGAGCUGCUCAGACGACGACGAGAAGCCCCGCAAGCGGCGCCGCACCAACUCCUCGAGCUCCUCCCCCGUCCUCCUAAAGGAAGUCCCGAAGGCCGUCAUCCCAGCAACGAAGACCAUCACAGUGCCCGGCAGCCCCAAGAUGAGCAGCAUCAUGCAGAGCAUCGCCAACUCCCUGCCACCCCACAUGUCCCCCGUGAAGAUCACCUUCACCAAGCCCUCCACGCAGACGACCAACACGACCACCCAGAAGGUGAUCAUCGUAACCACGUCUCCCAGCUCCACCUUCGUGCCAAACAUCCUCUCGAAGUCUCACAACUACGCAGCGGUCACCAAGCUCGUCCCCACCUCCGUGAUCGCUUCGACCACUCAGAAGCAGCCGGUGGUCAUCACAGCCCCCCAGUCCACUCUGGUCAGCAGCAGCAGCGGCGGCUGUUCCACCCCCUCCUCCGCUCCCAGCACCGUGGCCGUGACCACCGUGGUGUCCUCCACCCCUUCCGUCGUGAUGUCGACCGUAGGGCAGGGCGUGUCCACGUCAGCCAUUAAGAUGGCCUCGGCCAGGCUGCCUUCCCCCAAGAGCUUGGUGGGGACGCCGACCCAGAUCCUCGCACAGUUUCCCAAGCAGCAGGCGCAGCAGCAGCACCAGCUGACCCAGGCUUCUCCGGUCACCCAGACACCGACACCAUCCCAGCCGCCGCCACCCCCACCUCCCCAGCAGUCUCCUCUGCCCCCCGGCAUCAAGCCCACCAUCCAGAUCAAGCAGGAGUCGGGGGUCAAAAUCAUCACCCAGCAGGUUCAGCCCAGCAAAAUCCUCCCCAAGCCGGUCACGGCCACCUUGCCCAGCAGCAGCAACUCUCCGAUCAUGGUGGUGAGCAGCAACGGGACGAUCAUGACGACAAAGUUGGUCACCGCCCCCACCGGGACUCAAGCAACUUACACCCGUCCGACGGUGAGCCCAUCCCUUGGGACGCGCUUGACCGGCACACCCGGUGGCGCCACGUACGUCAAGACCACCAGCGGCAGCAUCAUCACCGUGGUCCCCAAAUCUCUGGCCACCCUGGGAGGAAAGCUGAUCAGCAGUAACAUCGUCUCCGGUAACUCCUUGAUGAAGACCUAUUUUCAACAAAAAGGGACGACGACCAAAAUCACCACCAUCCCCGUGACGUCCAAGCCGAACGUGAUCGUCGUGCAAAAGACGACGGGCAAAGGCACCACCAUCCAAGGCCUUCCUGGGAAGAACGUUGUCACAACGUUGCUCAACGCUGGGGGAGAAAAAACGAUCCAAGCAGUGCCAGCCGGGGCGAAGCCGGCCAUUAUCACAGCCACCAGACCCAUUACGAAAAUGAUCGUCACGCAGCCAAAGGGGAUCGGUUCCGCCAUUCAGCCGGCGACCAAAAUCAUCCCCACCAAAAUUGUGUACGGCCAGCAAGGAAAGACGCAGGUGCUGAUCAAGCCAAAGCCGGUGACCUUCCAGGCCACUGUCGUGAGCGAGCAGACGAGGCAGCUGGUCACUGAAACGCUGCAGCAGGCGUCCCGCGUGGUGGAGGCGGGGGCCGCUGCAUUGCCGGAAGUGAAAGAAGAGCCCCAGGCGUACGCCGACAGCAGCUCUUCCACGGAAUCCUCACAGGGGUCCCAAGAUUCCCAACCGGUGGUCCACGUCAUCGCCUCCCGAAGCCAGGACUGGGCCGAGCAUGAGAUCGCCGUGGACUCCAGCCCCACCAUCAUCUACCAGGAUGUCUCCGGCGAGUCGCAGUCGGCCACGUCGACAAUAAAAGCCCUCUUGGAGCUCCAGCAGACGACGGUGAAGGAGAAGCUGGAGUCCAAACCAAGGCAGCCGACCAUCGACCUGAGCCAAAUGGCCGUGCCCAUCCAGAUGGCCCAAGAGAAGCGCCAUUCUCCAGACAGCCCCUCCAUUGCUGUGGUGGAAUCUGAGCUCGUGGCUGAAUAUAUUACCACUGACUCAGGAAGACAGCACUGUAUUCGUUCACAAUCGGAAGAAUACCUCCAAAACCACAUAGUUAGCCAUCGGUCCCAGCCCCACCAGCCAUCCGCCCAGCCCCAACGGACCCUGCUGCAGCACGUGGCUCAGUCCCAGACGGCCACGCAGACCUCCGUCGUGGUGAAGUCCAUCCCAGCAUCCUCCACGGGUGCCAUCACGCACAUCAUGCAGCAGGCCCUGAGCAGCCACACGGCAUUUACCAAGCACAGUGAGCAGCUGGGCACCGAGGAGGGCGAAGUGGAAGAGAUGGACACGCUGGACCCCCAGACGGGGCUCUUCUACCGCUCCGCCCUGGCGCCGGGGCAAAAGCCACUGAAGCUGGGCCAGCCCCCGCUGGAGCAGACGCAGCUUCAGGUCAAGACCCUGCAGUGCUUCCAGGCCAAGCAGAAGCAGACCAUCCACCUGCAGGCCGAGCAGCUCCCCCACAAGCUCCCCCAGAUGCCCCAGCUCUCCAUCCGGCACCAGAAGCUGGCCCCUCUCCAGCAGCACGAGCCGGCGCCCCCCAAGCUGUCGGACGCCCAGCCAGCGCCGCACCACUCCAUCAUCCGCGAGAGGCAGCUCCCCACCUUGGUGGCCCAGCCCCAGCAGACCGUCGUCCAGGUGCUGGCCGUCAAGACCACCCAGCAGCUCCCCAAGCUGCAGCAGGCCCCCACCGCCCAGAAGAUCUAUGUCCAGCCCCAGCCGCCCCAGAGCCAGAUGCAGCUUUCGGCCGCUCCCGAGAAGCCAUCGGCGAGCCAGGUUCACCAGCCCAUAAUAUCCCAAGGAUCCUCUGUUACAAAGAUAACUUUUGAGGGGCAUCAGCCGCCUACCGUGUCCAAGGUGGCCGGCAUCAGUGCGGCUCCCAAGCUGGCCCCGCCACCCCCGAACCUAUUUCCUGGCCAGGUGCCCACGAAGACAGCCGUCGCGGACAUCUUGAAAAUGUCCAUGAUGGAAGCUCAGAUCGACCCGAGCGUUGACCGUGCGGCGGCAGACCCCCCCGGUGGCAAGGCUGCCCCCACUGGCAGCCUGGCUGGCGAAGCGGACUCGGCGCCCGCCUCUGUGCUGCGGGUGGCUCCGACUGGGGUGGGCGCCACUGCUGUGGCGACGUCAGUCCUGCAGCUGCCGAAACGCUUGGACUCUGCCCCUGCGGUCGGGCCAUCUCUGCUGGAGAGGAAAGCGGCGGUGCCGGCCCCACCCACAGCCAGCCAGUUCAUCCGAAUCCAGAACAUCGCCCCGAAGAAAGCAGAGGAGAUGCCCACGGAGAUCUUAAUUCAGACUAUCCCACAGUAUUCCGUGUCCUGCCACUCCACCUCCAACGUGGUCGUGGAACCCAGCGGGCUCCUGGAGCUCAACAACUUCACCAGCCAGCGUCUCGACGAUGAGGAGACCGUCAUGGAGCAGGACGUGGACAGCAGCAACGAGGAAGGCGCCGAGCCCAGCCCCGGCCAAGUCUCAGAGCAGUCCUAG